AUGCGUCGCGUUUCAGGGGGGGGCAAGUCUCCCGGUCGUUGGGGAGGAGGAGCUGCCCAGCGUGCAGCAAAGGAGGCUGCUGCUGCAGCAUCAGCAGCAGCACCAGAGAGCCCGGCUGAUCAGCAGCACAGCAAUGCGAACAGCCCCAGCUCUGACGGUGCUGGCGACCAGCAGCAGCAACAACAGGAACGGCAGGAGCAGCAGCAGCAGCAACAACAGGAGCAGCAGCAGCAAAAAGGCGGCUCCAGCCCCAGCAGAAGCAUAAGCAGAAGCAUGCAUUCUCCUAAGAGUCUGCGUGUGAAGGCGCAUCGCCGGCCGCAGGAGGGAACAGGGGAGGCGGAAUACGACGCCAAGAUGUGGUCAAUCGUACCAGUAAGCAAACCCAAUGAGGCGGGAGAGCCCUCGCCUCCCCCUGAUAAGACAGUCCUUGGCGGCCUCUUCUCCACUCGCAAACCUAAAGACGCAGGCGCGGGGCUGUCAUCGGGGCUGAAGUCUGUGGGGAAAGGCGUGGCGGUUGGAGCGGCUUCUCUCUUCGUUCUUCCUGCUGUAGGAGCUGCCCAGCAGGGAGUGGGGGGGUUCUUUAAAGGCAUUGGGGCUGGCGUUGUGGCUGCAGUAACUCUACCUAUAACAGGAAUUUGCAUAGCGGGGUAUCAGGUUACUCGGGGUUUAAUCAAUACACCUGAGGCGAUCCACGAGAAGAGUCAAGGAAAGAAAUGGGAUAAGAAAGAAAGGGUGUGGAAGCCGAAUUGGUACAGUUUGCAAGAGGAGGCGGCUGAGGUGCUGAGCCAGGAGAAUCCUCACAAGCGCGAGUCUGGUAGCAGCGGGAGCAGCAGCAGCAGUAGCAGCAGCAGCAGCAGCAGCAGCAGCGGCAAUCGUAAGGUGGUGGAUACGACAUUGUAUGAAGUGCUGGAGGUGUCGCCCGAUGCAAGGCCUGAAGAAAUAAGAAGGCAGUACUAUAGGCUUGCUCGCAAAUACCACCCUGAUAAGAACCCAGGCGAUCCUUCUGCAAAGAAGCGCUUUCAGCAGCUGGGGGAGGCAUAUCAAGUGUUGGGGGAGGAGGAGAGGAGAGCUCAGUACGACUUGCAUGGUCAGGCUGCAGCACAAGACAUGCCUAUCAUUGAUAGUGGUUUAUUCUUUAUGAUGCUCUUUGGAUCUGAAGCCCUCGAACCCUAUAUUGGAAAGCUUAAGAUGGCUAUGUUCGUUGAAAUGGUUGACGCCCCAGGCAGCAGGGGCGCUAGAGGCGAUGACAUAUCGGAGGAGAUGUUUGCGUUCGAACAGAGGAAGAGAGAAGUUCAGUUGGCUGUGUUGCUGCAGCAGCGAAUUCAGCCGUACGUAGACGCCAUGCUGGAGGGGCCCCAGAGCCCGCAGCAGCCGCAGCAGCAGCAGCAGCAGCAGCGGGAGCAGCAGGUGGAGGCUUGGACUCAAGCAAUGAUUCAAGAGGCUAGAAACCUCUGCCAGUCUUCGUUUGGAGAUGCCAUCUUAGAGGCGAUUGCGUGGACUUACGAAAAUUACGCCACGCAAUACUUGGGGAAACUUGACACCUUCUUGGGGUUGGGGGGCCGCGCAGCUGCUGCCUACACUUCUCAUAACGCUUCGUGUGCUUCUGCUGCUGCUGCUGCUGCUGCUACUGCUGCUACUGCUACUGCUGCUACUGCUGCUGACAGCUACGCCAAGAUGCAGGCGCAGAGCCGGUCAGUGGGCAACAGCUGGCGUACAGCUUCUGCUGCACUUCGUGCUGCUGUUGCUGCACGACAGCUGCAGCAGCGUGAACAGCGACGACAAAAGAAACAUGAAAAGGCGAAGAAGAAUGCAAAGGAAGGGGAAACUGUACCUGAGGCUGGGCCUACAGCUGAAGAUAUAAAACAAUUUGAGGAAACCCUUCCUUUGAUUCUGGAGACGAUGCUGAGUAUUUGCCUCAUGGAUAUUGAGACAACUGUCAGGGCAGCUGCCAAGAAGGUGCUUAAAGAUAUGAGCGUCUCUGUGGAGGUGCGGCGCCUGAGGGCAGAGGCGCUGGUGAAGUUAGGAAAAGGAAUACAGCAAGAGACAGAGAAGUUCAAGACUCAGCACAAAGACGACAAAGUAGAUCCUCUUAGGCGUAUGGAGGAUGCCCUUAUCAAGGCGGCACAAAAGGCGGAUGAGGAACGGUAUAAGAGGGAAGGCGAUCACACAGGGCCGCCUACCUCGCCUGCUGCUGCUGCAACAGCAGCAGCAGCUGCUGCUGCUGCCGCUGCUGAACGGCCGCAGCAGCAGUCUACAAACUCUUCACGAGCUGCGCCAGACUUCCUGUGA